CAAAAUAUUUCAAAACGCCGUUUGAACUCUGGGGCCAGUCUUCCCUCAUCAAAGAUCUGUCCGUUGACUGGGUGAAUAGGAAAAUCUUCUGGGUGGAUUGGAAUACGCAAAAUAUAUACCAGACUGAUCUAAAGGAUAACUCCAGAGAGGUCGUGUUGUUCCACCCGUCUAAGAUACAUCAACUAGCAAUAGAUCCUUAUUACAGGCUUAUUUUCUACCUGCAAGAAGACGUUGAUUUGUUUGCGUACUCCUUUAAAACAAAUACGAUCAAGAAAUAUAUUAAGACCGGUUGCCUACGCAUGACCAGUAUUAAGAGGAUAGCGAUCAGUGUGCGAGAAGAGAGGAUUUACGUGAUCGGCUCCGUGGAUGAUACCAGGACAAUGCAUCUGCUCAGCACCGAUUACGAAGCGACUAAGGUGAAUCACCUGUUCAGCGGGAGCGAGCUGGAAGACCCCAAAGGUCUGGACAUAUUCUAUGACCAGGUGGUCUGGCUGAGGCUCUGGAACUCUAGAAUACACCUCUACAAAUGUAGAUUGACCCCAAAGUGUAACCCAGUGGAUGUCACUAUGAUCAACCAUUACCCUACUACUCUUCUUGGUAUGAGAACAUACUUCCCCGAGAAGCAGACGCCUAGCGAGAGGUACUUGUGUGCCCAGAUGAGGUGUUCCCACUCCUGCAAGGCCGCUUCACUUUUUACUGCAAAGUGUCUGUGUCCAGAAGAUAUGGUUAUUGGGAAUGACAACAGGACUUGCCUCGAUGGCACAUUAAAUGAGAAUUCCGUUUCGCUGGAGGAACUCAGAAACGAAGGAUUGAACCAAGAGACGCCGGUUAAGGAUAAAAUCGUGCUGGAGGAAGCUCAGCACGAGAACAGGGAAGGGGACACUCGGGUAUUUUACCUGUACUGCUCAGUGGUGACUCUGUCAGUGGUGAUCUUACUUCUGUUUGGUGUUGUGUUCUGUAUCCAGUCCAAGCGAAACCUCAGGAGCGAGCAACUUGGAUUUCCAAGACAGAUUGUGAAGUACGUCAAAUCCCCAGCUCAAGAGGGAGGAACUGUUAAUAUUUAUGACGAACUCCAUCACAGUUGUGGGCAGUGACCAAAUACAUUUAAUUGUGACGAUUCAUGUUUGGACUGUGAUGGAACUUCAUUAGUUCCACGUAAGCAGAAUCUUCACGAAAGUUAAAAUAUGAACAUGGUGAAUAGUACCUGCACUUUAUUAAGUAACAAUUCCGUGUAACGUGUCAUACAGUAGACACUUUAUUUAUUCAAAGACUGGUAGUGGACCAUCUUUAUUACUACAGCAAUCUAAUAUCAAACACCAAUAAACAUUAUUUACACGACACAAGACCAAUAUUGUAUAAAACAACUAUCAAAACGAA